UUCCCUCUUUUCUUUCUUUUGUUCCCAUUCUCUUAUCGUUUCAACACAAGCACUCGCAUUCUCUAGAGAGAGAAAGCUCCUGUAGAGAGAGAAAGAGGGGAUUUUCGUUCACUCUGCGCCCGCAGCAAACCCUAACCCUAGUUUUGUGCGGCAGGUUGUGGCUUCCGAUUGGGGGGAUUUUAUUGGCCCUGGUUUUGGUGGAGUGUGGGAUGCGAUUGAACAGGGGGAGGACAGGAGGAUUAGGAUUGGGGAAAAUCAUUGAUGCCGCCGGAGCCGUCGCCUUGGGAUCGGAAGGACUUCUUCAGGGAGAGGAAGCACGAGCGGUCGGAAUUGCUCGGAGGUGGUGGAGGGGGCGGCGCCAGUGGUUUUGGAGGUGGAGCCAGAUGGAGGGAGCAUCCCUUGAACCACCACCACUAUAGCUCGUCUCGCUGGGUGCCGGAUUUCCGCUCCAGAUAUCCUCCUGGUCACGGUAAGCAGGGUGGUUGGCACCUUUAUCAGGAAGAACCGGCACAUGGCUUCAUGGUGUCGAGAUCCAGUGAAAAGAUUCUAGAAGAUGAUAGUGGUCGGCCUUCUGGUUCACGAGGGGAGGGAAAGUAUAGCAGAAACGGCAGGGAAAAUAGUAGAGGGUCAUUUGGUCAAAGGGAUUGGCGAUGCCAUUCUUGGGAGACCACGUCACCUAAUGGCCCAGGAAGAUUGAAUGAGACAAAUGAUCAGAGGUUGGUGGAUGGAACGAUGAACUGCCAUUCUUCUCAACCUCAGUCUGAGUAUGUCAAUUCACGAGAUCAAUCUCACUCUAGAGAUCAGAAUAACAAGAGUGGUACAAAUGGAUUGGGAAGCACUGGCCAGAGGGUUGAGAGGGAGAAUUCACUGGGAUCAAUAGAAUGGAAGCCUCUCAAAUGGACACGCUCUGGAAGUUUGUCUUCACGGGGUUCCUUUAGCCAUUCAAACAGCUCCAAGAGCACUGGACAGGAGUCUAAUGAAACAAAGGCAGAGAUGCACCCCAAAAAUUUGACUCCUAUCCAGUCCCCUUCUGGAGAUGCAACUGCCUGUGUCACAUCAUCUGCUCCAAUGGAAGAGACUAAUUCGCGUAAGAAGCCACGCCUUGGUUGGGGUGAGGGGCUGGCAAAAUAUGAGAAGAAGAAGGUUGAAGGCCCUGAUGACAGUGCAAUCAAGAAUUGUACAGUUAAUUCUGGUAACAAUUUGGAAGCUAAUCAUUCUAAUCCUGUAAUCCUGGCAGAUAAAAGUCCUCAAGUUGCAGGUUCCUCUGACUGUGCAUCUCCUGCUACUCCUUCAUCUGUUGCUUGUAGUUCUUCGCCAGGGCUUGAGGAGAAACAGUUUGUGAAAGCAACGCAUGCUGAUCAAGACUCGGGUGAUAUAAUUGGAUCUCCCUGUGCUGUCUCACUUAGUCAUCCUGAGGAUAUAGUGUUUAACUUAGAGGAUUUGGACCUCACAAAAAUCUCCAAUUUGAACACUAAAAUCAAUGAAUUGCUACAAUCUGAUGCUCGAAGUUUUAAUGAUAGUGGUUACAUAAGAUCCACUGCACUAAACAAGUUGCUUGUAUGGAAAAAUGAUGUUUCGAAGGUUGUAGAGAAAACUGAAUUAGAAAUUGAUAUGCUUGAAAAUGAACUGAAGUCGUUGAAUUCUGGAACUGAAAAUAGGUGCCCUGCUCCAUCUGCUUCCAGUUCUCUCCCAAAGGAGUGUGAGUCAAAACCUUUUGAAGAUCAAGGUGCUACCCCCAAUGUGUCCAAUAGACUUAUUUCUUUAGAAAUUAGUUCGUUUGGAGACACAAAUAUGGGUACGAUACAUGAUGCACCUGGAGCUGAAGAUGUCAAAGUUAAAAUUUUGGAUAUUGAUAGUCCUGGUAGUGCAACAUCUAAGCUUGUUGAAGUGACUUCCACUGACAAGAAUGUAUCUGUCUCUGAAGAAAAAAUUGUUGAAGCUUUAGUGAUGACAGAUGUUACUGACUGUAGAUAUUUGGAAGUAGAAAAUGCAUUGCCUAGCUCGGAAGAGGAAAAUGCAAAUGAAAUAUCUACCUGUGAAGAGACUUCUCAAAUGAUUGCUGGUGACCAUCGAUCUCUUUCUGAUGGCAAUCUAAAUUGUAGUGGAGAUGAUUUUUAUAAUUUAAUAUUUGCUGCCAACAAGGAAUCUGCAAAUAGAGCAGCUGAAGUAUUGAACAGUUUAUUGCCAGCAAAUGGUUGUAGUUUUGAUAUUUCAAGAGCAUCUAGUUCUUUGUUGGUAGUUGACCCUGCAAUUAAAGAGAAAGUUAUCAAGAGGAAGAAGCACCAGCAAUUUAAGGAGAAAAUUCUUGCACUCAAGUUCAAGGUCUUUCAUCAUCUAUGGAAGGAAGAUACCAACAUGCUUUCCUUAAGAAAAUUCCGUGCGAAGUCUCAGAGAAAGUUUGAUUUGAGCCUAAGGCCUGUGCAUAUUGGCCAUCAAAAGCACCGCUUGUCUUCUCGCUCACGACCUUCUUCUGCUGUUGGGAAUUUAAAUUUGUUGCCAUCAUCAGAAUUAUUAAAUUUCACAAGCAGAUUACUCUCAGAUUCCAAAGUGAAGGUCUACAGGAGUACAGAAAGAAUGCCAGCUUUGAUUUUAGAUAAAAAGGAGAAGAUGAUUUCAAGAUUCAUUUCAAAUAAUGGUUUGGUGGAAGAUCCCUGCUCUUCUGAAAAAGAGAGGUUAAUGAUUAAUCCUUGGACAUCAGAGGAGAGAGAAAUAUUCAUUGAUAAGCUUGCUACAUUUGGGAAAGACUUCAGCAAAAUUGCCUCUUUUCUUGAUCACAAAACAACUGCUGACUGCAUAGAAUUUUACUAUAAGAAUCACAAGUCAGACUGUUUUGCAAAAACCAAGAGGAAGCCAGGUUAUACAAAACAAGGAAAAUCUACCUACCUUGUCGCAUCAGGAGGGAAAAGAUGGAAUCGUGAAGUUAAUGCUGUUUCCCUUGACAUAUUAGGUGCGGCAUCUGCUGCUGUUGCAGCCAAUGUUGAUGAUGAGAUUGGAUUUCAGAAGUGUACCUCUAAAUACCUUCUUGGGGUUACAAGUGAAACCAAAAUGCCAAGACAUGAUGAAUUGGAUGUGUCAAACAGUCUUGAUGUAUGCAACAGUGACAGAGAGACUGUGGCUGCUGAUGUAUUGGCUGGUAUAUGUGGUUCCCUAUCAUCUGAAGCUAUGAGUUCCUGCAUUACAAGUUCUAUUGACCCCAGUGAUGGUUACCAUGAGUGGAAAUACCAGAAGGUGAGUUCUUCAACCAGAAGGCCUUUGACUCCUGAGGUUACACAGAGUGUUGAUGACGAAACCUGUUCUGAUGAAAGUUGUGGGGAGAUGGAUCCUACUGAUUGGACUGAUGAGGAGAAACUUAUGUUCAUUCAGGCUGUCUCGUCCUAUGGGAAAGACUUUACCAUGAUCUCAAGAUUUGUCAAAACAAGAUCUAGGGAUCAGUGCAAGAUCUUCUUCAGCAAGGCCAGGAAGUGUCUUGGACUUGAUACAAUUAGUCCUCAGCCUGGGAAUGUGGUUAGAGAGGAUGCUAAUGGAGGUGGAAGUGAUGCUGAGGAUGCCUGUUUACUAGAAACUGACUCCUCCGUAUGUAUCAAGGAAUCGGGAAUCAAGGUGGAAUCCCCAAAUAUGAAGUUGAACCAAGAACUAGAUUUAGCAGAGGGAAUGGAUGUUAAGCCUGACCUUAACAGCUCUGAAGAUAAUGGGGAUAAUGGGACUGGAGACCUGGAUUCUAUAGAUACUGAACUUAUGUCUAACCAUAUGAGCCCCAAUGCAUGUGAUAUGGAUAAGCAGGAGAUAGAAUCUGACAUGGAUAUUAAGAAUGAGGCUAAUGUAGUUGUGCAGGGUGCUGGAAAUGUGAUCUCAUCCUCAUUUCAAAGUGAACCAGAUGUUGAUAAGUCUGGUGAUGAGUGUCUGCCUGACAAAAAUUGUUCUGAUGCUAAUGCGGGAGAAGGAGAUGAUGUUGCAAAGAAUUCAACUGAAGAAUCAAGGGAUAAUUUAGCUCCAUUGCCAGAAUGUAGUUUGAAUGUUAAAUCUGGGCUUCAACUAGCUGGAUAUGAUACUUCCACCAUCGCUGAUACUAGUUCUGGAAUGGAUGAUAUAUCUGGAUGUCACACCAAGGGCGACUCUGAAUCAGACUCCAGACUGAAGUCUGAUGUCAGCUCUCUGCAGGUGUCACCUCCAAUGCAAUCACUGUCUCAAGAUUCUGCUGUUAUUGCAUGUGCCGCUUCUAAUGGUAAGCUAACAAAUCUUGAUCUCGGAAGUGUUGGUGAUCUGAAGCAUCUGAAAUCUUCUGGGGUUUCUGAGCAGCAUAUAUCAGAACAUAUUGAAUCCCCGCAAAUAAUUGGGAAUUAUGUGUUACCUGAGUCAAUCGCAAAAGAGAAUGGAGAUUUUGGUUGCAAGAGUUCAGCUUCAUCAGUUCAGGGCCUCCCUAAAGGCGAUAGGAAUACCCAGUCAGCUAGGUUCAAAACUGGUGAUUGUGUUCUUCGAAAGUGUAGUAGUUCACCGCAUGGCAGUUCGAUUACUGAGCAGCCAUUCCCUAACCAACGACAGACACAGAGUAGUAGUUCUUCAGAGGUGGGAAAACCUAGCAGGAAUGGUGAUGUUAAGUUGUUUGGUCAAAUUCUUACCAAACCCUCAUCUCAGCAGAAUUCACAAUGGAGGGAGGAGACAACCACGCAGCAUCCUAAGGUCAACAACAGCAAGUCAUUUGGUGUGAAUGAUGGUAUUCCUGCAGCAGCACCAGGCAAAUUUGAGUGCAACAACUUUCGUGGCUCUGAGAAUCUUCCUGUGAGGAGUUAUGGUUAUUGGGAUGGGAAUAGAAUACAAACUGGGUUUUCCAGUUUGCCUGAUUCUACCAUCCUGCUGGCAAAGUAUCCUGCUGCUUUCGUAAAUUAUGCAAUGCCAUCAACUAAAAUGGAGCAACCCCCUACUUCUUUUCAUGCAGUUGUAAAAAGUAGCGAAAGGAAUUUGAAUGGCGUACCUGUUUAUCCUAGAGAAAUAAGUAGCAGCAACGGGGUAGCAGCAGAUUUUCAGGUAUACAGAAGUCGGGAGGUGCAGCCUUUCGCCCUGGACAUGAAACAGCGGCCAGAGGUAUCGUUCUCAGAGAUGCAAAGAAGAAGUGCGGGGUUUGAUGUAGUGUCGGGCAUGCAGCAGCAAGCAAGGGGGAGGCUAGGUAUUAACGUUGUUGGGCGAGGAGGGAUCCUUGUCGGAGGGGGGCAGUGCACGGGGGUAUCAGAUCCAGUGGCUGCUAUAAAGAUGCACUACGCCAAGGUGGAACAGUUUGGUGGGCAAGGGGGGAGCAUGAUGAGAGAAGAAGAUACAUGGCGAGGUAAGGGUGAAAUAGGCAGGUAGUAGAAGAAGCCUCCGUGGUCUGUGGUGGCAAAUCCACUUAUGUUUGCCGCACUGUACAAUAGUUUUUGUAAUUUCAUCAGCAGCUACAGCAGCAGCUAUGAUAUGAUAGGGCAGUGGAGGACGGCGAGCAAAGGCCGUCUUUUUGAUUAACAGAAUUCUAGGUUGUUCAUUUUCUUUCUUUUUUCUUUUUUCUCUAAAUUAUUUUUAAAUAUAUUGCCAGCAGCUUUUGUAUUUUGUUGUAUUUGAUGGAAUACAGCAAUAAUCUGUUCUGUUCAAGUUUGGAGAGGUGGGCUGUAAGUCUCCAUUUCAUUCUCUACAA